AGCAGGUGUGAGUCCUGGUGACUGCCGUUACCUUUUCGAGAUGGCUCUGCAGGUCCCUGGCCUCCUGCUUGCAGCGGCUGUGGUGUUGCUGACCGCGCUGAGCAGCCCGGGCGCCGCCGAGGGCAGUGACUCCCCACGGGAUUUCGUGUUCCAGUUCUUGGGCCUGUGCUACUACACCAACGGGACGCAGCGCAUGCGGGGUGUGGACAGACUCAUCUACAACGGGGAGGAGUUCGUGCGCUUCGACAGCGACGUGGGCGAGUACCGCGCGGUGACCGAGCUGGGGCGGCCGGAUGCCGAGUACUGGAACAGCCAGAAGGACAUCAUGGAGCGGAAGCGGGCCGAGCUGGACACGGUGUGCAGACACAACUACGAGGAGACGGAGGUCCCCACCUCCCUGCGGCGGCUCGAGCAGCCGCAGGUGGCCAUCUCCCUGUCCAGGACAGAGGCCCUCAACCACCACAACCAGCUGGUCUGCUCGGUGACGGAUUUCUACCCAGCCCGGAUCAAAGUGCGCUGGUUCCGGAAUGGCCAGGAGGAGACGGCGGGGGUCUCGUCCACACAGCUUAUUAAGAACGGGGACUGGACCUACCAGGUCCUGGUCAUGCUGGAGAUGACCCCUCAGCGGGGAGAUGUCUACAUUUGCCACGUGGAGCACGCCAGCCUGCAGAGCCCCGUCACGGUGGAGUGGAGGGCACGGUCUGAGUCUGCCCAGAGCAAGAUGCUAAGUGGCGUUGGAGGCUUCGUGCUUGGGCUGAUCUUCCUCGGACUUGGACUUUUCAUCCGUCACCGGAGUCAGAAAGGGCUCCUACAGUGA